AUGCUUGCGGAGCGGGAUACGCUGGAGAAGAACUACUGCGAGCUUUUUGAAGUACCAGUAGAUGGUAGAUCUAAUGAUGGUGAUGCUAUGUUGUUGCAAGAGGCAUUGCGUGGCAAAGAUAAUGAAAUCCGGAUGUUGGAGGAGCGGUUGGCCGUGAGCAGCAAGAACGUCGAACGGCUGAACGACGAGCUUUUAGGCGCUAAUUUGGAGGCCAAUGUGCUGGGUCAGAAGCUGCAGGAUCUACAACAGGAGCACGACAAGCUGUUGGAGAGGUGGAUGCAACGUGUGCGUGUCGAAGUUGACAAGAUGAACGCGCAAUUGGAGUAA